CUGUCCCUCCGUCCCCUCGGCGAGCGCGUUCCCUCCCUUUUCCCUCAGCUGGUCUCGUCAGCGCUGCCAGCGUGGAGCCGGCCGGCCGAGAAGCCGGAAGUGCCCGGAGGGGAGGAGUCGCACCCAAGAACUCGCCUGGCCAUGGAGAGCUCCCUGGAGAAGAUGGUUGACCCUACCUUAGCAGAAAUGGGAAAGAAUCUUAAUGAGGCCAUGAAGAUGCUAGAAGAUAAUCAAAGAAAAAUGGAGGAAGAAAAUGAAAAGAAGUAUGUAAGGAACGAUAUUCCUGGACCACUCCAGGGGAGUGGGCAAGAUAUGGUGAGCAUUCUACAAUUAGUACAGAACCUCAUGCAUGGAGAGGAGGAAGAUGAGUCAUCACAGUCUUACCGACUUCAGAAUGUUGGAGAACAAGGUCACAUGGCUUUACUGGGACAUAGUCUAGCAGCUUAUAUUUCAGUGCUGAACAGGGAACGGCUGAGAAAUCUUACAACUAGAAUCCUUUCGGACACCACUCUCUGGCUUUGCAGACUUUUCAGGUACGAAAAUGGGUCAGCUUAUUACCAUGAAGAUGAUCGUGAAGGUCUCUUAAAAGUCUGUAGGCUUGUUAUUCACUCUUGCUAUGAAGACUACACAGUAGAAGGAUUCAAUGUGUUAUAUAAUAAGCAGCCUGUUAUAUACAUUAGUUCUGCAGCCAGAACAGGCUUGGGCCAAACUCUCUGCAAUCAGCUUGGGUUGCCCCUUUCAUGCAUGUGCCGCGUGCCUUGUAACACCAUGUUUGGAUCCCAACAUCAGAUGGAUGUUGCUUUAUUGGACAGACUAAUUAAAGAUGAUAUUAACUCUGGAAAGCUGCCACUAUUACUAGUGGCAAAUGCUGGUACACCAGGAGCAGGUCAUACGGACAAGCUUGGGCGACUGAAAGAACUUUGUGAGCAGUAUAACAUGUGGCUACAUGUAGAAGGAGUGAAUUUGGCAACUUUGGCUUUAGGUUAUGUCUCCUCUUCAGUACUGGCUGCAACAAAAUGUGACAGCAUGACUCUUACUCUGGGUUCCUGGUUGGGUCUCCCAGCAGUACCUGCAGUGACACUCUACAGACAUGAGGAUCCUUCUUUGUCCUUAGCUGCAGGCCUGACGUCAAGUCAGCCAGUAGAGAAACUCCGUGCCCUGCCCCUAUGGCUAUCCUUGCAGUACCUGGGACACGAUGGGAUUGUACAGAGAAUAAAGCAUGCAUCUCAGCUGAGUCAGAGAUUGCUGGAAAACUUGAAGAACCUGGAUUUCAUUAAAACUUCGGUUGAAGAUGAACUUAGCUCUCCUGUAGUGGUAUUCAAGUUUUCCCCAGAACUUCAAAAUAUAGAUCAGAUGCUACAUGCUGGACCAGCAUCUAUAAUUCAACCCCCUAUAACCAGCAAUGAGAGACACAUUUGUGACACCUUCAAUCAGUGGCUAGGUGAACAGUUGGCACAGUUAGUGCCUGCCAGUGGAGUUGAUGUGGUAGAACUAGAAGAUGAAGGCACAUGUGUACGUUUUAGCCCAUUAAUGACUUCUGCAGUUUUAGGAACUGAAGUACAAGAUGUAGAUCAGUUGGUGGACUGCUUGAAAAUGAAGAUACCAAUACUGACAUGCACACUGCAGCUAAGAGAAGAAUUUGAGCAAGAAGUGAAAAGAACAGUAGGCUUGUCAUAUAUUGAAGACCUCAGCUGGCCAGGACUAGGUGUUGUAAGGUAUGAGUAUAACAGUGAUAGGAAGAAUGAUGACAAACAAGAGAAAGAAGCAGAGAAAAUUAACACUGGACUUUUGAAAAAAUUAAAUGAACUGGAAUCGGAUCUCACUUUUUCUUUGGGCCCAGAAUUUGGCGGGGAGAAGAACUGUGUGUAUAUCGGCAUGGUAACUGAAGAUCUGGAUGUGUCUGAGCUGGUAGAAACUAUUGCGGCAACAGGCAGAGAAAUUGAAGAAAAUUCUAGACUGCUGGAAAACAUGACUGAAGUCGUUAGAAAGGGGAUACAGGAAGCGCAGGUUCAGCUUCAGAAAGCAAAUGAAGAAAGACUUCUUGAAGAGGGCCUGCUACGACAGAUUCCUGUAGUUGGCUCUGUGCUGAACUGGUUUUCUCCAUUUCAAGCAUCACCAAAGGGAAGAACAUUUAACUUAACAGCAGGCUCUCUAGAGUCCACAGAACCCACAUAUGUAUCAAAAGCGCAGGGGACUGGGACCACCCCACCCCCCACUCCGACUCCCAGUCGCAUUAAACAAAGACUUCCUGGUCAAAAGCUUUUUAAAAGAUCUUUAAGAAGCUCUGAUGGAUUUAGUGAGACCAGUUCAGUUAGUCACACUGAUGACUUGGAAAAGAUGGAGCAACGAUCCCAUUCUGUGUCUACUGUACAAGAGCAAGGGACUGUGGAGACAGAGAAAGCAGAGCAGCAGACUGAGAUAGCACAGGUAACAAAUGACAAAACUGAAGACCUGCAAAGUGACAAAUCACAACGAUCAGGAAAUGACUGCACUAAAGUAGAGGAACAAGAAAGUCUAAGAUAAAAACCAGAUUUUGUGAAUGAAGACUUUGUAUAAUAACCACAUUCCCUGUAUGGCAGGGAAGUUUAUGAUGUAUUCAAAAUGUGAACAGUGCCACACGUUAGUACAGUAACUACUACUGUAAUUCACAAUUUAACAGGGAUUUUGCACAAAAGCAAGUUAAAAACAAAGCUUUUUCCCCUAGGGGCCAGUUAACUUGUUUUAUUGUACACUUAGGACAAUUGUUUCAAUCCUAUAUACAUUAUCUCCAAAGUGAUAUUAAAAUACCUGAUUUAUUUUAAUGGCUUAUAAACACUUGCCUGAAGGAAUAUUUUUUGGCAAAAGUGACAGUUAUUGUAUGAAUCCAGGUGGCAUUAUAGUGCUUAAUGAGUUGAUCAUACAUUUGCGUUAAGGUUAAGCACCUGGUGAUAUUUGUAAAGUGGUCCUAAUUUAAAAAUAUUCAAUAAACCUACUAGUUGCUCACCUUUAUAUUUUAAAUCAGUUUAAUCUUUUUAAAAAAAAGCACAAUAAUUUAGGUAGUCAUGCUAUCUGUGAUGCAUGUCAUCUCAUUGCUUUUUUAAUCUCUAAUGUUCAUUAGAAAUCCAUUGCCUCUUACUAAAAAGGUUGUGAUGCAAUGAGUGAUAGGGAUGUAUGUGUGUAUAUGUAAAUACUACUUUGCCAUCAACUUUUUUUGCUGUUGUAUGAAUUGGCCAACUCCUUAACACAAGCCCUGUAAGAUUGAGUUUAACUCUUUUAGAAAGUAAUAGUGCCUCUGCAUGACAGUCAUUUCUUGCCUCUAUCACUGGCAAGAAGCAUUGAUUCAGUUCUAUCCUUAUUUACUGCUGCACACCCUCUAUAACCAGAUCCAAUGAACAGAGUUACAGGACUCUUUUUGGUAAUGUAUUUUUAAAGAUACUUGUUAGUAAAGCUUGAAAAGUCAUGUUGGUGAUGGUUUCUACACUAUUCUGAUUUUUGAGUAACUUUUAGUACCAGAUCCCUAAGUGGCCUCCUCAAGUAGAUAUUGUACAUAUUGAAAUUAUAGGUUACAUACACUACAGCACAUAGCUCCUUUAUAAUCUGUUAACUUGUGAUAUUAGACAAGUAUUUUCACCUGCAGAAACUGAUUUUAGUGUAGAAGCAAAACAGAUACACUAAAAAAAUUGAUCCAGCCCUACAAAAUUGACUUAUCCUAUUUAUGAAAAGGGAAUACUGGUGAUAGUGCGUGUAAAUUACUACCUUGUGCAGGUCAUAAUGGCUCUAGUGAUAACAGGAUUGGAUAGCAUUGUGAUAUUUUUAAGGAUUUUUCAUUGAUUUAUAUGUAUUGUCAACUUUUCAGUUUUUGAUUCUCUGGGGCUGGGGAGCUGAAGUUAAAAUAUAUUAAGUCAAACUUUGUGUAUAAUUUCAGAUAUUUCUCAGAUAAAACAGAGUGCAAUUUUUCUUAAGUAUGAAAACAAUUAAGUCAACUAGUCUUCCUUAUUAGUUUAUUUGGUAAUGAAGUACAUUAACAUGGGUAUAUUUGUGGGAGGCAAAAUUAAAUUAAUUUAAUAUUUUUAUAUUUGGAAUUGCUGAACUAGGGGUUUUGUUGGAUGAGAGCUACAUACUUUAGAUAUUACCCAAAUGUUUCAAUAAAGAUUCUUCAAAUUACAA